AUGGAUGCCAUAUAUGAUACUAUAGAGAAUAGGUACAAAGUCGGCCUUUUUGAAAGUCCAACUGGGACAGGGAAAACACUAUCCGUUAUCUGCUCCACUAUGACUUGGUUACGAAAUUACAAGAGAGAUCAUGUUUUUGAUAUUGGUGCUGAUCCAGAUGAGAGCAGUGAUGAUGAACCUGAAUGGGUAAAGAGUGCCUAUAGGAGCUCCAUAGUUGACAAGUCAAAGGAGAAACUCAAAGAGUUUGAGACACACUUAGACCUAGUUGAAAAGAGUCACGGGGGUAAAAUGAGAGCAGAAUCAGCAGGCAAACAAAAGGUUAAACGGCGACAGAUACAGCAAGAGGAUGCGAAUUUCCUUCCUGAUGACUAUCACGACACUGAUUCGGGAUCAAUCGAAGCACAAAAUGUGAAGCUCAACCGGGAAAUUGAGAGUUUAAUGAAUCACCAAGUGAACCAAGCCAAGGAGUACAGCUGCAAAACCAAAAUCUUCUUCUCUUCCCGAACACAUUCUCAGUUGAAUCAGUUUUCAAGUCAGCUACGACUCACAUCCUUUGACGCUUCAUUUGAUGACAUGUCAGAAAGGACAAAGUAUCUUCCAAUCGGGUCUCGAAAGCAAUUGUGUAUCAAUGAAAAAGUAUCUAAACGUGGAGAUCAUAGCAUCAACGAUGCCUGUAUUGAUUUGCAAAAGACAAAAGACGGCUGCAGCUACUUGACAAAAGAUCAGUCGCUUGUUAAUGAAUUUUCUGAUUUGAGCUUGUCUCGGAUUAGGGAUAUUGAGGACCUUGCAAUCUUGGGCACCGAACUCCACGCGUGUCCCUAUUACUCGGUUCGACAGGGUCUAGAUUCUGCAGAAAUAGUCUCACUACCGUAUCAACUACUUUUCCAAAAAUCUUCUCGAGAAGCUUGGGGACUUGACAUUAAAGAUGCGAUUGUAAUAAUAGAUGAGGCGCAUAAUGUGGUUGACUCAAUCACAUCAUUGUACGCUGUGAAGAUUACAAUCAGCCAGCUCAACAAAGUGAUCCAAUCUUUGAAGGUGUACUUGAGCAAGUUUGCCAAGAGAUUAAAUAGUGGCAAUCGAAUCAAUAUCACCAAGUUGACAAAGAUCUGCAAAGUAUUGGCAAAGUUUAUGGAAUUGGAACAACCUUCACCGGGAGCGGAGGUCAAACCAGAAGACAUAUUUGAAAAUUCCACUGGGGAUCUAGUAAAUAUUCACAAGCUAGACGAGUACUUAACCAAAUCCAAGAUCGCCUACAAGAUUGAGUCAUAUAUGGAAAAAACCGAAACUGAAUUUAGUACAACGACACCUGUGCUUUUCGAAAUUGCAAAAUUUCUUCGUGCUUUGACAAACCCUGGAAAAGAGGGGAAAUUUUACUGGGAUAAAACUGGAGAUGAGUUUGAGCUUAGGUAUAUGCUAUUAGAUCCAAGUGUGAUCUUUAACGAAAUUGUGACACAGGCUAGAUGUGUGUUGCUUUGUGGUGGUACAAUGGAACCAAUGUCGGAUUUUUCUGAGUUUUUGAUACCUCAAGUUGCAAGGGACCAAAUAAAGAAGUUUUCAUGUCAACAUAUCAUUCCAGAGAGUAAUCUAGAGGUGUACACUGUUGACAAAUGGGGUAAUGACUCUGAAUUUGAUUUUCUGUUUCAAAAACGUGAAGAUGUGUCACAAAUUGACAGAUUGGGUCAAUUUAUUUUACAAAUAUGUCAAGUGGUUCCUCAUGGUAUUGUUGUGUUUUUCAGUAGCUACAAUUUUCUUUACAAAGUUGUACAUCAAUGGCAAAAAACCAGCACUUUUCAAAAAAUAUCCACCUUGAAAACAAUUUUUCAAGAACCUACAAGUUCGUCGCAUGUGGACUCUGUGCUAUCUGAGUAUUCAAAUGCCAUAAAUACUUCAAAAAGAGGGGCGAUUUUGUUUUCAGUGGUUGGUGGGAAGUUGUCAGAAGGAAUCAACUUUUCUGACAAUCUAUCUCGAGCGGUCUUGAUGGUAGGUCUACCUUAUCCCAAUGCAUUUCUGGGGGAAAUUGUUGCCAAGAGGGCUUUCAUAGAAGCACAGGUUGUUGAAAAAGGAGGAACACCACAAAAGGCUAAAGAAUGUUCAAAUGAGUAUUAUGAAAAUCUAUGCAUGAGGGCCAUAAAUCAGAGUAUUGGUCGUUGUAUUCGACAUGCCAAUGAUUAUGCAUUGAUUUACUUGGUGGAUAAACGGUACAAACAACCACGUAUACAAAACAAAUUGAGUCAAUGGGUCAAGAAUCGACUUGUCUUUGAAGGCAAUAUCAUCGGUAGCUCUGCAAAAUUUUUCCUGAACAAGUGA